UUUAGGCGACUUUCAAAUGUGACAAUGGAGAGAGAAAAUUCGUGGAAUAUCAAUAUCAUGUCCCUUCCUUUACCUCGCGCCAACAGGGAACAAAACCUAGGUGCCCGAUGCUUUGGUGUAUCAAUCCACCCAAUUCCUCACCAAAAUUCCUUCAUUCCGGCUUCCUCUUCUUUGAAUUGCCCCCGCCUUGGUCUCACCAACUCCAUGAAUCUCAGAGUCUGAGCAACAAGGAUAUACAAGUAGCGGCUUUUGAGGACCAUUGGCCCUUUUGUUGCCACCCCAUCAUUGAAUUGUUUGCUAUCUGGCCCGCGGUUCAGCCCCUGGACUGCUUGUUGGGAAGUUUUCUUAUUAGUUUUCUAGAUUGAGGAUUUCUGAAGCUACUGCCACCCACCGGCCACUAUGGCUUUCUCGAUGUCCCCCUUGCUGAACGGAGAGAGAGCCGUGGUACUGUUCUUCAUCACCAGCCUAUUGGUUUCUCUCCCGUUCUCCCUCCUUUAUUAUGGUCUUGCUCUCUCUCUUCUCACCCUUGCUGCUCUUUGCAUCGAAAUCCAAGCAGAGAGUUCCAAUUCUCUUCAUCAAUUUAAGACCAGGCCAGGUGCUUCAUCAGGAAUACUGUUGGGAGCAAUUACGCUACCUGGUGUAAUGCUUGCUAAGAUGAUUCAGCUUACUAGAGCUUUCUCGUCCAAUCACAUUGCACUUGAAGAGAUCGAGACUUGGACUAUGCAAUUCUGGUCCACUUCAACUUGCUGCUUGAGUGUACUUACUCUCCUCAAGAAUUCUAUGCAUGAGUCUGACGUUGUUUCACUAGCUUGCCCCCAACGUCUUUGGAGGUUGAGGCUUGAUUUAGGGUGCAAAAUUUUAUAUGGGGUUGUGUGCUAUAGUUCCCUAGCAACAAUAUAUCCUAAUGUUGUCCACGUGGCUCUUAUGUUAUCAUGGAUAGUCUGUCAUGGGUUGGUUGCUUCUAAAUUGAUUCAGCAUCUUCUUUGUACUUUUCCAGCUUGUGCUUCCAUAGGGGAGGCACUCUUGGUUACAUCUGGACUUGUUCUCUACUUUGGUGACAUGCUGGGAUGUACUAUUGCUAAGGUGCUUGGGGCUUUUAGUUCGUCAGAUUUGGUUUCUUUUCAGUAUACGAUGAACAGAAGUGAGAUUAGUCCCAUAGUUCAGGGUCUGCUGCUUGGCCUUCUUCUGUGCUCAGUGAUCUUUAAACAUCUUCACAUAUGGGAAUGCAUUUUGAACACAGAAAACUCUGAAGCUAAGAAGUACUUUGAGAUUAGAAGAUCCAUGAUAUUUUUUGCCCUCCUUGGAUUCAUUUUGAUUGUGGUCGUCCCUUCAUGGAUGAUGUUCGUUCACGAAUUUGACGCGCAUCCUUACCUAUGGGUCAUAUCCUUCACAUUUUCAGAACCACUUAAAAGGAUAUCGUUAUGUGUCUACUGGCUGUCUCUUAUAUGUGCAUCUAUUCUGCGGUUCUACAAUAUCUCAAGAAAUAGCAAGAUUGAGAGAAUUCUUCUUCGUAAAUACUAUCAUCUCAUGGCUGUUUUGAUGUUUCUUCCUGCACUCAUCUUUCAGCCAAGGUUUCUCAAUUUAGCCUUUGGUGCAGCUUUGGCAGUUUUCUUGGCAUUAGAAAUUAUUCGAGUAUGGAGGAUUUGGCCUUUGGGCCAACCUGUGCAUCAAUUUAUGAAUGCUUUCACAGACCACAGAGACUCUGAACUUCUUAUUGUGAGCCACUUUUCACUUUUAUUGGGAUGUGCGCUUCCCAUUUGGAUGUCCUCUGGUUACAAUGACCGUCCACUUGCACCUUUUGCUGGAAUAUUGAGUCUUGGAAUUGGAGAUACAAUGGCAUCUGUUGUUGGUCACAAGUAUGGUGUCCUUCGGUGGAGCAAAACUGGCAAGAAAACCAUUGAAGGCACAGCAGCUGGUAUUACAUCUGUGCUAGCUGCUUGUUCCAUUCUGCUUCCACUUAUAGCAUCCACUGGAUAUAUUUUGACAGAGCGGUGGCUGUCUCUUCUCCUAGCCGUCACAAUUAGUGGUUUGUUGGAGGCUUAUACAGCACAACUUGACAACGCUUUCAUACCACUUGUCUUCUUCAGCCUUCUAUGCUUGUAGAAGGGAUCGGUUCUCCUUGCAGCCGAGUCAGCUUGCUGCUUGCACCUCUAAUCUCCAAAUAAAACUUCAACUUAGCGUCUCAUUAGAUGCGUCAAGUCUUACAUUCUUCACUGGAUUUCACAUUUUUUUCUGUACAUAAUAGCCCAUAUUUACUGCUGAAAAUCUCCUACUCAGUGUCUUGUCCUGUGUUAUCUGAUUUGAUUUCUAAUCCUUUCAAUUCAAAAGGUAUACUGUUAGCUGUAGACAGGGAAAGGAGGAAGAUAGAUUUUAUGUAAUUUGUAAGGCUGGGGUGAAGAUUCCUAGAUAGAAGAGGUUUAAUUUUUGUAGCAAUAUACCGGUGGAAGAUAUUAUGUUGCUUAUAGAAAUGUAUUUAUUCAUUCAAUACAAUACAAUACAUAUACCUGAAAAUUCUCUAA